AUGGUGGCCUCCUGGGGAUGGCCCGUCACGGCCUCGGAGUGGCUUAGCACCACCGCUCUCACGCUCACAACUUAUAACGUGCUUCGAGUUGUUUAUAACCUGUAUUUUCAUCCCUUGUCUAAAAUCCCGGGUCCCGUUGCAUGGAGGGCAUCUCGGUUGCCGUUUAUCUGGUCCCUCCUCAGGGGAACAAUUGUCCAUGAUUUCGAGCGCCUGCAUCAUCAAUAUGGCCCCAUCAUCCGUAUUGCGCCAGACGAAGUCACUUUUGCCCAUGAAGACGCCUACAAGGACAUAUUCCAGCUUCGUAAAGAUCACCCUCAGUUUCUAAAGGACCUCGUCUGGUGGAAAACGCAGCCCGGCAUGGCAGACUCUCUACUCAGCGCCAUCGACCCAAAGCAUCAUGCACGCAUCCGCAGUCUUCUGGCUCCUGGAUUCACGCCUCGCGCCUUGAAAGAGCAAGAGCACAUUUUGCACUUUUAUGUCAAUCUCUUGGCGGAAAGGAUACGUGAGCGCGUGAAUGAGACACCAGAAAGCGGUGCAGUCAUUGACAUGGUGCCCUGGUUCAACUUCACUGCCUUUGACAUCUUCGGCGACCUUGGAUUUGGCGAGUCCUUCAACUGUCUCCAGGAUUCCAAGUACCACCCUUGGAUCGCUCUGCUGUUCAAUAGUGUCAAGGCGGCGUCCUAUGUCGCAGCCGCACGAUUCUAUCCAAUCGUCGAGCGUCUUCUUAUGAUGUGUAUUCCUCCGUCUCUGAGGAAGAUGCAGCGGGACCACUACCAGCAGAUCGUGGACAAGGUUGACAGGCGUCUCAACUUCGAGCUUGAGCGACCUGACAUCAUGUCUCAUGUGAUACGAGGCACAGAGCGCCGCGAGCUGCCAGAGGGCACCGUCCACACUACCUUCAUGGUGCUGACGACCGCAGGAAGCGAGACGACGGCGACAGCCCUGAGCGGCACCCUCAACUACCUGGUCAACAACCCCGACAAGCUGGAGACUCUAGUGAGAGAAAUCCGCGGCACCUUUCAGCAGGAGAGUGACAUCGACCUCGACGCACUGCGCAAGCUACCAUACCUCAACGCGGUCCUAAACGAGGGCCUCAGGCUCUGCCCGCCCGUCCCGUGGAUUCUCCCGCGGCGGGUUCCAGAGGGAGGCGAUACAGUAUGCGGAACAUGGCUUCCGGGAGGGACUCCCGUCUCGAUACAAGCAUACACGAUGAACCGUGACCCGGCAUACUUCCACUCGGCCACAUCAUUCGUUCCGGAGCGCUGGCUCUCUGACAGCCGCACAGACCAGGAGUCGCCCUUCUUCCAUGAUCGCCUCCAGGUUGUCCAGCCGUUUAGCGACGGGCCAAGGGCCUGCCUGGGGCAGCACCUGGCGUGGGCGGAGCUGCGGCUGAUCCUUUCCAAGCUGAUCUGGGCGUUUGAUUUCGAGGUGGUAGAGGAUCGCAAGAUGCGGUGGGAGGAUCUGAGGACAUUUCUGCUUGUGGAAAAGAAGCCGAUGGAGGUGCGAGCAAGGCUCCGGGACACGGCCUCAGUCGCAUAA